AUGACUGCCUUCGCGUUCAAUGGAACCUGCACGGCUUACGAAUUCAACAGUAAGCUCUGCUCCUGUCUUGGUGGUGAGAAAGUCAUUUACGUGGCAAAUUCCAGUAUAUCCUACGCACCCCCUGCAACUGUGCCUUUUAGCACCGCUCCUCACAUCAACACCACUGUCGAAAAUAUUGAAUUAAAGCAGUACCAGCUUGUGAAUUUCUUCACGGAUGUCUUUUCUCAAUUAUUGUAUCCAUAUGACGUUGUGAUCAGUGUACACCAGUACUAUUAUGCCUUCCCACGAGAAGAUGGCAAUUACAAUGCUCUUAAUUCAGCCUAUUUGGACGUGGCUUCCUGCGUCACCGACACCCCAUGCGGGAUGCCCGUCCUCGUCAACACAACUUGGCCACCUUAUUACAUACUAAACGAAUGCGGCAAAACCAUCCAACUCUCGUUUCAAAAAAAGGGAGAUACAUUUUCGGUGUACUCACAUCCCGGGUUUGGAUGCAAGGCCUUCCCCGACGGCCCGACCAACAACUGCAACGUCACAUUCACGACAACUGGAACAAUGUACCUUAGUUAUUAUGGUUAUUUUUCUGGCACUGACGGGUCCUGCGACGGCUACACCCUGGGCGUUGAACCAAUUAGGUCCGGCACUUCAGAAAAAGUUGAUUUGUGCAUCUAUCCAUGGCAUGUGGUGCAGCAGGAGCGACUAAUACGUGUGCUUAGCACCCUGAAGGCUCCUUAA